GGAGAGAAAUACGAGUCGUAUCUAAAUCUUCCAAAAUAAAUAAAUAAAUAGAGUUGUUUUCUUGACCAAAAGUCUCUUAUUUUCUUGAUAUGUGCAUCUUUAAAUAGCGUUAAUAUUAUUAACAACCUGAAAAAACGGCUCAUACUUCGGUGGAAAAACCCUACUCAAGAAGCAUUUACUGGAACCUCAAAUUUAGUGAUCAUCACUUACGCUCUUCUUUAAAAAAGCAAAACAAGAACUAGCUGGUUAAUUUUCCAUUAAACUGGUCUUGUUUUUCAUCGUUGUUUUUUGUUUUAGGGUUAAAAGAAAAUCAAGAAAAACAAGAUUCGCUCUUUUCUUGGAUUUGGUCGUCUUCUUCUUCUUCAUCAUCAUUUUCUUCUUCUAGGGUUUUCAAAGCAAAAAAAAAAAAAACUUAGUCUUGUUUAUUGAAAGAGAGUGUUUAGGGUUUGAAUAUAUAGGAAUGAUAAUGGAGGAGAAACGUGAUGAUGAUCAGAAGACGGAGGAGAUGAUGUUGCCGGGGUUUAGGUUUCAUCCAACCGACGAGGAACUUGUAGGGUUUUACUUAAAGAGGAAGAUUCAAGAAAAGCCAAUACCCCUUCAACUCAUUAAACCAUUAGAUAUCUAUAAACAUGAUCCAUGGGAUCUUCCAAAGUUGGCAAUGACCGGAGAGAAAGAAUGGUACUUCUAUUGCCGGAGAGACCGGAAAUACAGAAACAGUGCACGGCCAAACCGUGUGACGGGCGGCGGAUUCUGGAAAGCAACCGGAACUGACCGGCCAAUCUACUCCUCCGAUGGUUCAAGGUGUGCCGGGUUAAAGAAAUCGCUUGUGUUUUACAAAGGAAGAGCUGCUAAAGGAUUCAAAACCGAUUGGAUGAUGCAUGAGUUCCGGCUGCCUUCUGCCGCCGAUCACACCACUCCGACCAACCGGUUUCUUGAAAAACCCAUUCCUCCAAAUGAAUUAUGGGCAAUUUGUAGAAUAUUCAAGAAAGCAAGUUCAAAUGGACAAAGACCUUUCUCUCAUUCAUGGGCAUCUCCAGUAUUACCAGAACACCCUUCCUUGUUUUCCCACUUCCAACAAUUGGACCACAAACCUUUUAAGAUUGACCCAAUACCCCCUACACUUACUACCAACAAAAACAAUGCCCCUCCAACUUUCAUACCAAGUGAUCAAGACACCAAAAACCCCUUUUCAAUCCUUGAACCUAACUAUAAUACCACCAUUAAUCCAUCUUCUUUGCUUUUCAACAUGCCUCCCUCGAUUUUUGGAGAAUUUAGUAAACAAGGUUUAGAUUACGAGACGAAUGAAAACAAACAAGGUUUUAGUAAUGAUUGUUUCUUGUUUACUGACCUACCUACCGAUAUACAAGAAAAGACUCAAUAUGAUGAUCAUAAUCAAGAACAUAUAGUUGACAUGAUGUUUAAAAGUUCUGACGAUGUUGUGUACUUUGAAGAUCAAUGGGAUUUUACUAACCCUAACAACUUUAUAUAUGAAUAA